AUGGGAGCCGGACAGUCGCAUGAAGAUGCUGCUCAUGCUUCUCCAGAGGAACUGAGCUUGAGGCUGGCGGAGCGCUUCGCAACAAAAUGCUUCACCCCACUAGAGCUCGCCCACUUCGAAGACAACUUCUACACACGCGCAAUAGACCAAGGCGGGCUCAAGUACUGGAAUGAGAAAACACUCUCAGAUUUCUUGAGCAUCCCCGAUCACAGUGAUACCCAGUGUCCCCUAGAUGCUGGACCAGUCAUCUUCCGCAUGGUGUCGUACCUAGGGGCCUUCCCAUUCCAGAAUUCGCUGGCGCCUAGCGUUCUCACGUUUGAUGCCAUGAUCAAGGUAGCCGUGCUGCUGACGGAGCGAUAUGGCAAAGUCCUCCGGCGCAGUCAGAAAAAUAGGAUCAGGCUAUUGUUUGGGAGCUUGGCUGAUGUGGCAAGGAAAGAAGUUGAGAAGCCUGCGGCGAGCGAAGAGAAUGGUGAAGAUGCGCCGAUAUCUUCGCAUGCGCGUGGGUUUGAUAUCGAUGCGCCGGCCAACGAUGAUUACGACGAGGAUGAUAGGGAUGACCUUGCGCUCGCUGCUUUGGAAUCAUUGGAUGCCAUUGAGGUCUUCAAGCACGACUCACGCAUUGACAGAAGGGUUUACGAAGCCCGGGUCUCUUUGAGUACAUUUCGCCGUCUUUUGAUGCUUUUGCUUGUGAUCGCCCCGUUGAAACCCCUGGAGGAUGUUUCCAUCUACACAUCCGAUCUAAAUAAGGAACGAAUGCGCUUCGUCCGAGAAGAAGCGGACAGCAUCAUCGCAGCCUUCAACCAAGAAGCGUCUGGGGGAAUCAGCUACAAAACAUUUGCAGAAACCAUCACCACCUCUUUCCCGUAUUUGUUUGACCCAUUGACACCAUUAUUUGAGCAUCUCCUCUUCAGCAAGAAUCUUGACUUUUCCCAGCAUCGUGCAAGCGAGGCCACUGAAUCAGACCCGGCUCCGCAACCCGUCAAAGCUUCACCUAUAUCAAUAACGCUCCCAGGAGGCUUCGAAUCAACAAUCCUAAACCCAAGCAUGAUAUCCCACCUCUCCUUCUUCCUCCCCUCCACAUCAGUCAAGCAGAACAUUCUCCAUGGCAACACCCGCCUCCAUCCCGUCUUCUCAACCGCGGCGCAUGGCUCCUCCCUAACCUCAUUCUCCCACAACGUCCUCACCUGGAAAUCAGGCACACUCUUCCUCCUCUACGGGCAAGAAACCGACACAGGAGACAUGCUAACAAUAGGCGCUUAUCUCCCUCAACCCUGGAAAUCACCAAACUCCAGCCACAGCACGUCUGAAUUCUCGACGUCCGUCCUGCCCUCCCUCUUCCAGCUAUCACCCCGCCACAUCCUCUUACAGGGGAACCCCUCGUCGCCCAUCAUGGGCAAGCCAAAUACACCAACGGCAUACUUCUCAAACCACCACGGUCUCGCAAUCGGAUGUCAGAUCCCGCCGUCUUCACGAACACAAAAGCUCCCGCCGACGCCCCUCGGCGCCGGAAGUCUGAUCGUCGACUCGAGUCUCGAGUCUGCUACAUUCCACGUUCUCCCAUACGGACGCGACGGCGUCUUCCUACCCCCAGGUACGGAACCAGCUAGCCUUAAACCCAAGACAACAAUCGACAUCUACACCCUCGAGGUCUGGGGUCUUGUUCCGAAUCCUGAGGGGGCAUCUUCGUUGACGAAGAGCGCCGUGGAGCUUCAAAAAGCAAGCUGGGCUUUUGAGGCUAGAGAGGCGGAGCGCAGGCGCCACGUCAAUGUGAGUGCUGGGGCUGGCGAUUCGGCUCUUGAGCAGGCGAGGUGGUUGCUGGAGACGGCGGGUGUUAUUGGAGAUAGUAGUGGUUCAGGGAGAACGGGGGGCAGUACUUGA